UUUUAGAACCAAUUUCCAAGAAAAUGGAUCAAAUCUUUCUUGGCCUUUGCCACAAGCUCUACAAUUUCAUCAUGAAAUAUCUAGCAACAUAUGCCAUGAAAAGAGUAACUUUAGGCCAAGGUUCUCAUCAUGAUUCAACUCAGUUACCUUCUUCUGGGCCUGCAUCGGCUAUAUCAAGCUCCAUCACCGAUCAAGCAGUGCUUCCCAUGGCCGAUGAAACUCCAGUUGAAGAUGCAAGUUUGCAGGCCAAAGUAGAGCCAGGUCCAAUAUGUAAUCAUAGUGAAAGCGGCAUUUCUUCUGCAACAUCGAAUGAGGAGAAAAAUGAGGAUGAAGCACCAGCAACGUCUGCAAUUCGACCCGAAGCUAGACCUCCGAAGAAAAUGGUUAGCAUAAAUGAUAGAGUGGAGGAGAUGAGCGACAGUUUGGGAUCUAGCUGAAUUUACCUAGCUGAUUUGUUCUUUGUAUACUAUUGGCUAAAGCCUAGGCAGAUGGUUCAUUAGCUGAAAUCGAUUCGAAUGAAUUAUUGCAGCCUUGAUUCUCCAUGCCAAAAGCAAAUAGGGAGAACUCAACACCGUUUUGAUUUAGUCCUAUAUCAUUAAACAAAUCCAUUUUAGUUGA